UACAUUUGUCCCUCCGGCCGCGCCGUCCGUCACGUGACACAAACAGGAAGUGUCGCCGGUGUGCAGCGGCUGAAGAGAUGGCUCCGGAUCCCUGGUUAUCGAUCUACGAUGACACGUAUCACCUCGCCCAGGAGAUCGCCGAGAAAAUCCACGAGAGGGAGCGAUACCUGCGGAAUGGAGAGAACCCCACCAGGGUCAUGGUGACCAUUCGCACCCUGAUGAAGAAACUGAAUGAGCGGAUCGAACAGCUAAGGGAUUCCCUCCUGAGAUCGGUGUCCACACGUCAGAUCACCCAGCUGGAAGGGGAUCGAAGGCAGAACCUUGUCGAUGAGCUGCUAACCAAAGAACGGCACCUUCAGAUGUCCCUUUCUAAUGAAGGCGCGGCGCCCGACGUGGUCAGGUCGAGCCUGAUGAGCGGCGGUGCCUCGGGGAGCUCUAGAUCCAACCCAUGGGUGAUGGAGGAGCCCGAAGAGACAAGAAACCUGUCCAGUCGGGAUCUGAAGCAGCAGCAGCAGCGGAUGAUAGCAGAACAAGAUGCUGGUUUGGAUGCUCUCAGCAACAUCCUGGGCCGACAGAAGCAGAUGGGCUACGACAUCGGGAAUGAGCUGGACGACCAGAACGAAAUUAUCGAUGACUUGGCUAACCUUGUUGAAAGCACAGACUCAAGAGUCCGCAAUCGGACAAGACAAGUGAAACUUGUGGACAAGAAAACUGGGGCUUGCGCCAUGUGGGUGCUCAUCGUCCUCCUUCUCAUCGCCAUUGUCGUGGUGGCAGCUUGGCCGAAGUGACCAACAAGGAUGUAAACGGAGAAACCUACCGGUCGGAGUGCGGUGAUGGCCACGACUUGCCAAUUCCUCAUCUUCUACAAUCACUAAUCUCAUACCAAAGGCCCUUCAAUAUAUUCUAAUCAACAUAUAACAUGACUUUUUCGAUUGAGGUCUUUCGUUUUCACCACCUCGCCCAACAAUUUGCAUCCAGUCCUCUUGCGUACGGACGCCAUCUUGGAAAAAGCCGAAGCUGAAAGGGUUACGUCGAGAUCCUCCUUUAUUUCCCCAGCGGGCUGCUCUGACUUAGUGCGUUCCAAAACAAUAUAUACGAAGUGUAUAUAAAUAUCCGCAGACUCACCCGGGAGGGGCCAACGCCCAUCCAUUUUCAGACCUGCGUGACAUCAAGUUACCUGAAACCAGCUGUUUUAUACUCGCUAACGACCAAGUCGAUAUCUCAGCUCUAUAUUAAGCUUUUUUUUGCAGAGGUGGGGGUAAAAAAAAAAAGGAAAAUUUAUAAUAAGAUUCAGAGAACAUAAAAAUACUGGAAAACAUCUGAGGCCCCCUCCCAAGGCCCUUCAUGGGUGUACGGUUCGAAAACUAAACCUGUAUUGUUUUUUGUUUUUUUCUCGUGGCAAUUUUUUUUUUCGAAAGGACAUUUUACGUGACCAUAGACAUUGGGUCUUUUGAAGGAGACCAAGACACCAACACUGACUUGUUAUAAACUGUCAAGCUUUGCGAAGGAUUCUGGGGGGGAAAAGUCAGUUUUGAAGUCGAGGUUGACACGUUCCUGUCACGGCAACAAACCUUUUCUGAGCCUCGGAGUCUACGAUGUCACAGAAACAGAGUGUUACUCGCCUGUCCAGGAUUUCCUUUUACUCCGCGGAGCAAUUUGUAGACGAGUGCUUUUCCCAGCCCUGUGUGAGUGGUUCCAUAUGGGACGUAUCGGGCAAAUUAUAAGCAUCCAUAGAGGUUUCUCAACAAUCUUCAGCUGACACAUCUGACACCGUGAAAUGAAAAGCCUGUUGAAUUUCUGAAGGCGAAAAAUUGGUGAAAGAAAUGUUAUAAUAGAAGUGUUUUAAGAUGUAGGCAGAAUUAUGGGCUGGAGUGCACACCGGAUACUACAUACAAUAAAAGUAACUCACGCUA